AUGGCAAUCUCUAUGAAACACUCUACGAAAAAAGAAAUAAAUGUUUUCCCCUUUUCUGUUAAACUAUUUUUGUUCUCUUUCCUAAUUUGGAUUAUAACCGGUUCUAAUCAGGGAAAUCCUUCAAGAAAAUGGGGUCACAGUGAGCACCACAGUUUGAAAAAAAAAGUAGACUUCAGAAAUAACAGAUGGUUAGCGGGAAGAGAUAGUCAGGGUGAAGCAUCACAUGAGCGGGAUAACUUUGAAAAUUUAGAGGAUUACUAUGCUAUAUUAGGAGUUCCUAAAGAUGCGACAGAAAAUGAUAUAAAGAAAGCCUAUAAAAAGUUAACCAUGAAAUGGCACCCAGAUAGACAUGUAGAUCCAGAGUAUAAAAAAAUUGCUGAAGAAAAAUUCAAGAUUGUGCUUGAAGCAUAUGAAGUCCUAUCAGAUGAUUAUAAAAGGAGAAUUUAUGAUCUGUAUGGUAUAGAAGUGUUGAAAGGGAAUUUUACAAUUUACGACGAUGGCGAGGAACGAGGUAUUAGUGAUCAUCCCAUAUUUUCAUUUUACAAGCCGAAUAUAAAUGCCUCUGAAAUGUUGAAUAAAUUUAUAGAUCCAGUUAAGAACUUCUCAUUUAAGUCAGCCUUCAAUGAACGAUUUCAACAAGUUUCAGAUUUUAUUAAUAACGUGAAAUCCAAGAUAAACUCCCCGCCCACCCCAGGAGGCACUACUUGGGAUAACACGCCUAAGUCAUGCGAAGCAUCUCUUCCUGUGACAUUAGAAGAAUUAUAUAACGGAUGCCAAAAAAAACUAAAAGUUACGAGAAAGAGAUAUAAUGGACCCGUUUCUUAUGACGAUCAGAAAGUGCUAACUGUAGAUAUAAAGCCAGGAUUAUGUGACGGAACUCAAAUUAUAUUCCAAGGUGAUGGGGAUCAGGUGUCUCCUUGGAUAGAACCGGGAAAUUUAAUUUUCAAUGUAAUAACGAAAGAACAUAACAUAUAUACAAGAGAGGGUAAUAAUCUCAUUUUUAGGUGUGUAUUAACCUUAGAUGAAGCGUUAAAUGGCUUCAGAUUUGGGCUCAUAACAUUAGAUAAUAGGGAGUUAAUCAUAAGAGUAGAUGAUAUUGUUGCUCCCAAUUCUAGAAGAACAAUUCCAAACGAAGGAAUGCCUAUUUUAAAUAAUCCAUCAAAAAGGGGGGAUCUAAUAAUUGAGUUUAUAAUUGUAUUUCCCCCCAAUUUGAGCCCCGAAGAAGAAGAUACCCUCAAUGAUAUUUUAUGUAAUAGAAGAUGA